AUGAAGGUAUCCCUAAGUCUAGCAGCCUGCCUGUGCGCCUUGGCUGUAUGCCAAGCUCGUCCCCAGGCACCCAAGCCCGAGUACGGACCUCCGAAAGCUACCUACGGAGUGCCAGGGGCGGCCGGCUACCCUAGUGGCGGACCUGCAGGCGGGGAUGGAGGUGUCAACGGUGGUGCACCUGCUGGUGGCGCACCUGGGGGUGGCGCACCUGGGGGUGGCGCACCUGCAGGGGGCGCUGGGGAUGGCUCAUCCGGAGGUGGUGGUGGUGACGAUGGUGUAACGGAGGAAGCGAACUACAGCUUCGCCUAUGAGGUAAAGGACGAAGAGUCCAAAAACGACUUCGGUCACAUGGAGACCAGGAUGGGACAUGUGGCAAUGGGAUCUUACCACGUGCUGCUACCUGACGGCAGAAUGCAGAAGGUGGAGUACACAGCUGAUCAGGAUGGUUACAAACCCGUUGUCACUUACGAGGGUGAGAUUAUUGGGUACGGACCAGGAGUUGGAGGCGGCAACACAGCAGCUGGGGGUGGCGCUACCGGGGGUGGAGCCACUGGGGGUGCUGCCCCCGGGGGUGGCGCUACAGGCGGUGCCACUGACGGAGGAGGCUACAGAUACAGAUGA